UUUUACAUCUUCUUUUCACUUGGCAACACUGAAUUUUUCUUCCUCUCAGCCAUGGCCUUGGAUCGCUAUGUAGCCAUCUGCAAUCCCUUGCAUUAUCCCAGAAUUAUGUCCCCAAAGUUCUGCUGUAAAUUGAUUGUUGGAUGUUGGAUGUUUGGCUUUUUAGGGUACAUUGCCCCAGUUGUUUUGAUCUCCAAAUUGUCCUUUUGUGGAGACAACAUCAUUGAUCACUUUGUGUGUGAUCCUGUACCAAUUCUUUCCUUAGCUUGUCCUCCCCUUGGAAAAGCUCCACUUACCUGGCAGAUUAGCAUAAACACUCUGUUUUUAGUCAAUGUUUUCUUUGUGAUGUUCUCCUAUGGUAAUGUGAUCUACACUUUGAUGAAAUCCUCCAGCAAAGGUCAUUGCAAGAAAGGCUUCUCUACCAUCUCUAUGCAUCUCUUGGUGGUGACACUUUUCUAUGGCACUGUAGGAGCAAUGUAUGUAAUUCCAAGUAGUAAAAGACAUUCAAACAUUAGUAAGGCCAUUACUGUCUUCUAUGCUGCUGUCACACCAUUUCUCAACCCAUUGAUCUAUUGUCUGAGGAAUGACAAGGUGAAAGAGGCAUUGGGCAAACUGGUCAGAAGAAUGAUGAGAUUGCUGCUGAAAAAGAGCACAGUGUAA